AUGGCCAUGCAGUGGAUGUUACAACAGACUUAUAAUGUAUUUUGUCUUUCAUUUCCCUUGUGUAGCCCACACAUCAUCUUCUUAUCACAGAGUGUAUUGCGUGGAGGGAGCCAUAUCUGUGGAACACGUCUGUGCCAUGAAAUUGCUCACUCUUGGUUUGGAUUGGCCAUUGGUGCUCGUGAUUGGACUGAAGAAUGGAUAAGUGAAGGGUUUGCCACUUUUUUAGAAGAUGUAUUUUGGGCUAGGGCACAACAGCUUUUGUGUGAUGAAGAAAAAGAGCAGCAGGAAUUGAAAGCUUUACUUCGCUGGCGACGACUCAGAGAUGAAGUGCAGAACUCUGAAGAAGAGCUGCAAGUUUUAAGGCCUCGCAAGGAGAGUACAGGAGAAGUGAGUGAAUCUGGAGCAUCUGUUGUCAAACAUGGUCUUAAAGCAGAAAAAGUCUUCAUGCAGGUUCAUUAUUUGAAGGGUUAUUUCCUUUUGCGGUCUCUGGCAAGUAGAUUAGGAGAGGCUUCAUACUUUGCAUCUUUACGAAAAUUUGUCUAUAAAUUCCAUGGACAGCUUGUUCUUUCUCAGGAUUUUCUUUCUACACUGUUGGAAGACAUACCUGAACAAAAAGAGUAAGUGAGAACGAGGUUAGUAAAGUUAUAGAAAAUAGUGGAGUCAGAUUUAAUUUUCAGCAGUGCUAGCCAGAAAUAAGAUUUCACUUAUUAUUUUCUGAAUGUUGCAUUUAAGCAUCUAUCUUUGUCUAUAAAUUCUCAUUCAUGUGUGCAAGCAAUAAUAUAAGAUUUCUGAUAUUGCUAUUCCAUGCUCCCCCCCAAGCCGUGUCUUUAAUGUUAAGGCAGCAUUGAGGUUUUAUAUUCACUGUGUGACCUGAAGUGCCAGGCACAGCUGCUCAGCUUUAUCUAUGAUCCUCCUGCCAGCUGCUUUUGGCAUGUGAAGCCUGAGAGCAAGAAGAAGAGCUUUGCCCUGGAUCUAGGAGAGCAGAGAAGGUUUUUACGCAAGCAGUAGUGUGGUAGUAUCCUCUCCUUGUCACACAGUGUGCCAAAUGAGGGAAAGAUGAAAAACACUUACGGAAAUCCAGUGUUAAGCACCUCUCGUGUCCUUUGAAAUCCUCCUCUGUGUGACUAGCUGAACAUGAUACAGCAUGUCUUUAACAGAAAUUUGAAUCCGUCACUGCAUAUUUGUUGGUUAGUUCUGUAUGAUUGUGGACUGUGCUACAAAUACAGAUUCUUCUACAGUGAACUCUGGCAUAUUUAAAAAAAAAAGCACGUUUACUGGAAAAAACACAUUUUUUGGAAGCAAGAUUCUGAAAGUCUUUAUUGAGUUUAUAUUUUUCCU